AUGGCUGGCAAGAAGAGAAACAAGACUGCUCCAAAGAACAUAGAGAAAAAUGAGCCCAAGCAAGGUCCAUCGGGCCCGCAGUCCCCAGCUCUAAAGGCUAGCUACGAGGAACGCCAACAGGAUGAAAUCACUGCGCUUGAGGCAAUCUACGGCGCCGACUUCGUAAUCAAGGCUGCUCACAGUGCUUGGAAGAAGGCUGAGCCGUCGUUCGACAUUCACAUCAAAGCCGCUGCUGAUGAGGAUGUGGCUCUUACCCUGGGAGUGGUUCUAGUAGCCACGUAUCCCAAAUCGCCACCACUGCUCACCCUGAAGGACCACGGCAAUCUGAAGGAGGCUACUCUAUACAAAGUCCAGAUAUAUGUCGAGACACAGUCCAAGGAGUUCGUCAAGGAGGAGGAGGUCAUGAUGAUGAGUCUUGUCGAGGGCAUCAGAGAGAUCCUGGAGGAGGCUGCUCAGGCCAAGAUUGCUGGGCGCGCUCUCCCUACCCUCGAGCAAGAACGAGCGGCACAUGAAGCUGCCGUGGCUAAGCUUGCACGGGAACAGAAGGACAAAGAAGAGCAAAAAAAGCUCCAGGACACCAAGGAAGAGGAGAAGUAUCUCGGUCAAAUGGUGCAGCAGGAGCUCAGACGUCAGGACGAAAGGGUGAAAGAGUCAAGAAGGAAGAACCCGCCUAGCCAUGUCGCCUUCAGCCCAGUUGAUGGCACUCAAGAUUCCGACGGUGAACGCAUCGUGUUCGAUCAGCUUUGUAGACUGACGGACGUUGAUGGAAACUCCAUCGUCUUCAAUGCAGUCACAGGCAAGACCGAGUUCCUCGCUGGGCCCAUAACAAUGGUGUACGAAGUGCGUCCAGUAGUACCCACAGGACAAAAGCGACCCAGGCUUGCAUUGAAGCAGAUACAGGUCCACUCUGCAGGGAAGGAACAAGUGCAGUUCAAGAAGCAGUUACAGGCUUUGGAGUCGGAGCUGGACACGAUGAAAAAGCUCCGCCACCAGGCUGUCCUCGAGGUUCUCGAUUACAAGAUAGGCCGGGCUGCUAACGACAUUGCGAACACUAUGAGCUGGAAUGUCAGUGUGCUGAGUCCUUUUGCUGAAGACGGGUCCCUGGAAAAAUUGCUUCGGUGGUCGGGCCAUCUGGAUGUUAACAGGGUCCGGAGCUGCACCGUCAAUCUUCUCGACGCUCUGGGCUGGCUGCACAGCCAAGGAGUCGUGCAUCAGGAUAUCCACCCCGGCAACAUCUUACUGGUGACAGAACCGACAGGAGACAUGAUUCCAAAACUUGCUGAUGCCGGUUACCAGAGAGAACUGCACAAUCUGUGCACGACGACCCAAACAUUGACGUCUAUGAGGGAUACGAAGUCCGCUUACUGGUUUCCUCCCGAGAUUGCGGCUGCCUCCAAGGCGCAAUAUACUCAGAAGACGGAUAUCUGGGACUUUGGGCUCGUCUUCCUCCAAAUGAUACUUGGUCUCGAUGUGGCUCAAAAGUAUCAUUCGCCGGUAGAUCUCAUGGACUCGCUGUCAUUAUCUGAUGCACUAGAAGAGUUGGUGGCAUUCUUCUUCAAAUCAGAUCCGAAGAAGAGACCGCGUGCUUUCGAGUUGAGCUCGAGUGAAUUUCUAGCCACAGAUGCCCCUCUAUUCGUCGAGAAUACAUCGGCUGGCCAGUCCAGCACCACACUUGGCUCUCUGCCCCAAAUCACACCGAUUCGAAGCAGAUCCCGGCACAAUUCCACGACAAAUCGUGGCCAUACUUCAUCGAGAUAUAAGGAAGACUUUGUUGAAGAGGGCCGCCUUGGCAAAGGAGGCUUCGGCGAGGUCGUUAAGGCUCGCAAGAAGCUUGACGGUCAGGUAUAUGCCAUCAAGAAAAUCUCAUCUAGUUCCCAGGGAGGCUUGACGGAGGUGUUGAAAGAGGUACGGCUUCUCUCACAACUGAGUCACCCGGCUGUCGUGCGUUACUUCAACACCUGGCUAGAGGAGGCGUACGACAUAUCGGACACGGCUGACGAGGAGACUUCGACCGACGCUGGCGGCACGGAGCUCUCUCGAGAUACUGUAUCACAAGGUGGAUUCAAUAUCGAAUUCGCUACAAGCCAAGGCGGCCUAGACUUCAUCUCUUCAAGCAGACGGCUGGAUAUUGAGUUUGGUGACGACGACAGUGAGGCCGUCGAUGAUGAUGAUGAUGAUGAUGAUAACGGCGACGAUGACUAUGACGAAAGUACCGACGAAGAGGAUUCAGACGAGUCAGAUGAAGAGUCUGGGACUGAUACACAAGGGACGAAAGGGGCUCAACAUGUCUUGCCUGUACGAAAGCGAACACGACGGCCAAGUCACAGGCCUUUCAGAACAAUCUUGUACAUAUCCAUGGAGUAUUGCGAGAAGCGAACACUUCGCGACCUUAUCGCAAGAAAUCUGGCCAAGAACAAGACAGAAGUGUGGCGACUUUUUCGUCAGAUUCUGCAGGGCCUGGUCCAUAUACACAGCUUGAACAUUGUCCACCGUGAUCUCAAGCCGGACAAUAUAUUCAUUAGUGUUGGCCCGGAUGGCGUUAAUAAUGUCAAAAUAGGAGAUUUUGGACUGGCUAGCAAGGGUCUCAUAGCUGCAGACAAGGCACAUUCACAUCCAUCCGUCAUGGAUCAAGCGGAUAUGACGAGAAGCGUCGGAACGUCCGUUUACGUUGCCCCUGAGGUCAAAUCAGGCGGCAGUGGCAGUUAUACCUCUAAAGUCGAUAUGUACUCGCUGGGCAUCAUGUUCUUCGAGAUGUGCUAUCAGCCGAUGCUCGGCAUGCAGAGAGCGCAGGUUCUUGAGGACCUACGCAGAUCACACCCUGUCUUGCCAUCUGAUUUUGACCCUGGGGCAGCUCAAGCAGAAAUAAUCAUGUCUCUGCUCACUCACAACCCGAAAGAGCGCCCUUCCAGUACCGAGCUGUUGAAGAGCAACAAGCUUCCGGAUGAGAUGGAGAGCGACACUAUUCGGCGAGCGAUUGCUGGCGUGGCAGAUCCCAAUUCUCCGUUUUACGAAAAAAUUCUGUCGACAUUGUUCUCCAGAAAAGUAGACCAGGCAAAAGAUUUUGUUUGGGACAUGCAGACACAAACUUUCUCGACUACUGAGCUCCUUCGUCAGCGUGUUGUGAAGGAGACGCUGAUCUCUAUUUUCAAGUGCCAUGGAGCCGUUGAGGCGCCCACACCGAGCUUAUACCCUUCAUCGUCUCAUUACACCACCGCAGUCAAGCUCCUGGACCACAACGGUAGUCUACUGCAGCUACCCUUUGAUCUGAAGAUGGGUCGCGCCCGCAUGCUUGCCAAGUCAACAACUACGAUUCCCCAGCACUCUUACUCGUUUGGGAGCGUCUACCGAGAACAGCAUGGCGGUGGCCAACCCAAUCAAAUAGGUGUUGCGGAUUUUGACAUUGUGGCAAACAACACUCUAGAUUUGUCUUUGAAAGAAGCUCGCGUUCUAUCAGUGGUUGAUGACAUUAUUUCCGCCUUCCCGACGCUGUCCUCCAGCCAGAUGGCAUUCCAGCUUGGCCAUUCUGACCUCCUUCAGCUCAUCUUCGAAUAUUGUGGUAUUGAGCACACUGUGAGGAGAGCAGCUGCGGAAACACUGAGCAGGCUGAACGUUCAAGGCGUGACCUGGCAGAAGCUGCGAGGUGAACUGCGCUCGCCUCAGUGUGGUGUCUCCGCGACCAGUGUCGACGAGCUUCAGCGUUUCGACUUUCGGGAUACGCCGGCCAAAACAUUUUCUAAGCUGAAAACCCUAUUCGGAAACACCGACAUCUACCAAAAGGCCUCAUCCACGAUUGCUCACCUGAAGGAGGUCUACGAAUACUGCAAAGUCCUUGGAGUUAAAACCAAGAUUUACAUCAGUCCGUUAUACUCUGUCAACGAAGCAUUUUUCAGAGGUGGCCUCAUGUUUUCCUGCGUAUUUGACAAGAAGGUCAGAGUUGUCUUGGCUGCCGGAGGACGAUACGACAGCUUGAUAAAGGAACAUCGUCACAAGGCGGGGAGCAGCUUGGUGGGGGAGCGGCAUGCUGUCGGGGUGAGCCUCCCUUGGGAAAAGCUGGCCCAAGUACCCGCAAGGAGUGGUGGAAAGGCUUUCUUGAAAAAGGCAGCGGAAGAAGAAGUCCAUGGCCUGUUCAGCGGAAAACGCUGCGACGUUCUCGUGGCCAGCUUUGACCCGGUCAUCAGGAGAUCAACCGCGCUCGAGGUCCUACGCAGCCUACAGACUAAUGCCAUUAGCGCAGAGCUCGCAGAUGAGGCUCGUUCACCCGACGAGCUGAUACCCGAUCGGCCGGAAGAGCAGCCCGCGUGGAUGAUUAUCGUCAAAGCGGACAUACUCAAGAUCAAGACAUUUUGGCGUAACGUUCCUGACGAAGAUCUACCAGCAAGGGAGCUGUUGAACUGGUUGCGUGGCGAUAUGCGCGAGCGCGACUCAAAUACAAAGGCCACCACCAUGCCCUCUCGACCUCGCGGCGGGAUGGCCCACGCCGAGGGCAACAACUCUCUCGGCGACACAAGCCCCUUCCCGUACUCCAACCAGGGUCACCAUCAGCAAGAAGUACGGGUGCUAACCGCACAAACCAAGUCCAAGAAGUUUAACAGGCAGACGGUCGUCGAGCAGGCACAGAGCAGCGCAGCCAAGCUCGUCCAGGGCUUCCUGGACGGGCCCAUCGCGGCCAUCGAGACAACCGACCACGUGCUCAACGCUAUCAGGGGAACAAGCCUCUUGGAAGCCGACACCUGGCGAAAGCUCGACGUCACCAAUGCUGAGAAGAAGUACGUGCGUGAGGUGCAGGACAUGCUGCUUGAAUUCCGGGAUGCGGGUUUGAAGCAUGCUUUCGUGUACAACUUCCGGACGGGGAGUUGUAUCUACUAUGAUUUAGCGGCCUAG